UAUUCGAUAGCCAAUCGUAUGCGAGACGUUUCUUUCUUGUCAAAAAAAGAAUAUCUCCAGAGACAGGCAUAUAUAUUUAAAGGAUAACCGUCGGAUUCGUUAAAAUCCGUUGAGUGAAUACACGCUCGUGAUUGAAUAUUGAGAAGAAAAAUGGAGAGAAUAAGAAAAUGUGAAAAUUUAUCUAGCACAAGAAGUAUUGGAACGCAAACAGAUUUUGAAAUGUAUUGUAAAACUAUAUGGCAAGAAUGUUUAAAAUACUUUCGCUCGCAAACUGAGCAGGCAAUGCGAAAUAAACAAUGUGACGAAAUUUCUACAGAGUUUAAACAACUUUAUAUCCGAAGUAAUACUAAAAGGGAUAUGAAAUUUAAUUGUAAAUGUAAAGGUAGAUGUGCUUCACGUACAUGUGGAUGUGUAAAGAGAAGAAAAAAUUGCAAUUUUUUGUGUAAUUGCAAACACAAUACAUGCCAAAACGAGAAAUCAGGAGAUGAUGAAAAUGAUACUAAAAAUGAUAUACAUGAAGCUAUAGAAAUAAAUGAAAAUGACUUUUAUUCAAACAAUGAAUUUUUAAUGGAAAUGUUUCCAGAGCUAAAACAUGAAUCGAUACAAACAAUUUUAACUAAUAAAAAAUUUGAAAAAGAUGACAUAACUGAGACUCAGGAGACAUCAGGAGAAACAUCUACUCACGUUUCAGAUAUAAACGAAGAAAAAGUUGAUUGGCAAGAACAUAUUGCGCAACUCAUCCGUUGUAAAAAAUGUAAGAGAACUUUCAUGCCAAACCGCAUCCAGAAACAUGAGUCAUGCUGUAAGGGGAUUUAAAAAAAUAUUCUGCAAAGUAUUUCUUAAAAGAAUCAUUUGUAUAAGAUUUUAUGUUAUAAGAUUAUAUCUCCUGUAAAUAAAAUAUAUUUUAUAAUUUGAUCAAAAUAAUGAUAUAUGUACUGUAAUGGCAAAUAUAUAAAUAUAUAAAAGAAAUGUAUGUUAUGGCAUGAUUUGAUAUAUAACCUUUCACUCUAUAUGCAAUCGUGAAAAAAACCUAUAGUUGAUCAUCUUUGAGAUCACUUUGUCGAUGACUUUGUAACGGUGCCAUCUUUGAUUCUAUAUUUAUAUAAUUCAAAUUAAAACCUGAAUGUGCGAAAUAAAAUGGAACGUUUGACUGAUAUUUUACAGCCGCAUAUUCGGGCUAGUAUAAUUAAAUUAUCGUAUGUAGACGAAUUGUUUGUAGAUCUUAAGGAUAAUCCUUACAUCAUUCUUCACAGAAAUGCUCCUGAAACGAAAUUUUCAGACUAUGACAAUGAAGAAAGAAGUUGCGACAAAUAUUCGACCAAACAUGACUCAUCUCUCAGUGGCUCACCUCUGAAAUAUUCGUUUGAUAAUUAUGAAUUUGAGGACACUAUUGUUGUAGCAAGACAAAUUUGGCGAAAACAAGAGGAGUCAUAUUUACCACUGAGUAGAAAUGAUGCAUGUAAUGCAUUGAAUGUAUGUCUGGAAUUCCUUGAUAAUAAUACUUUGCCAAUAUUAGCUCUUUGUGAUGGAAAAGAUCCUAAACAAAGCAAACUUAUUGGUGCCAUUAUUGAUGAAGAUUGGUUUACUACAUUAGAAGCUGUUUCUACUGGUGUGACGACUCUGACUACAAUAAGAAAUGGACGCCAAAAAAUUGUACAAGAACAUCUUAAGCAAUCAUUUGUACAAGAACAUGAUAUAAAGAUAUCUAUGCUUAAUACCUUUGACUUGUUUGGGAUAAAACAAGAAAUGAUUGAUUGGAAUAAGACUGCUACAAGUGAUUUUGAAGGAAGUAUUAACAUUGUAAUACAUUCAAAUAAAUUGGUAAUAAAUCCUAGAUCCGAGAGAUCAAAAAAUAAUUUGAUCACUCAAAUAAAUGCUGGAUGGAAGAAUAGUUUUCUAAAAGAACUACGAUGCCAAUUACUCUUAUUAGUCCAAUAUUUAUCAAUAAUAGAUGAGUACAAAAAAAAUAUCCAGAUGCAAAAACCAAUAAAAUUUUCGACACCAUAUUCAAAGGAAUAUAAUGUUAUAAUGGAAGAAUUAAAUCUUUUGUUAAAUGGAGACUUUAAUUUCAAAAGAUCUAAUAAAAGCAAUGUCAAGGGAAUUGAUCAUAUAAAUAAGAAAAAUAUUGAUAUUGAUGCAAAACUAUUAGAACGAGUGCAAAAUGUAUUUUUGAGAGACAAUGUAGAUUUUACUGAUCAUUUGUGGGAAAUACUUAUGAAGACUUCACAAUAUUCACAAAUGAUAAACUGUAUUGAAAUAAUUCUGGAGAAAAUUUUUGAACAGGAAUUUAUACCACAGAUCAAUGACACAAAUUCAACAAGACUUAUAAAAUGUACUUCUAAUCUGCAUCAUCAAGAUACAAUAUCCCAUUUACUAGCAGGAAGCGUACCAUUAGAACUUAUUGUAGAUAUGGGAUUUGAAAAGCUUAGACGAGACUAUUUAUAUAUCUUGAGAGGAGCGCGAUUUGUUGAUUUACACGAUGUACGACAGAAAUUAAUAGAUAUAUCUUCUGGAAUGUUCAAUACGGAAAAUUAUAGAAAAAAAUUGGUUACGUUGGCACAAAUUCAUCUUUGUUUGGAAUGCAUGUUACUUAUUGAAGGGCAUCUAGAAUGUUCAAUUGAAAAUUUGCAAGAUCUAUUUGCUUAUGCUUACAAAGAAUUUGUUUCUGCACAGUCUCCUUUGCAAGAUUACACUGAACUGUGUAGCCGAAUUUUUACUUUAAUGAUGCCUCUACCCAACAAAUUAGUUAAUGAGUUAAACAAGAUGGAUCCUUCUGUAUGCAGAACCUCUAUUUCAUCUCAGUCUGCCGCAUUGAAACUAACAACUACUACUUAUUAUAGUAAAAUGCCUAUUUUUCCAAUGGAUAUGUAUCCUAUUGAUAAUGCAAAUACACAGGAAGAAAGUCUGGUUUAUGGUAUAAGCGCAACAUCAUCAUCGACGAAAUAUAAAAAACUAUGAAACGCAAUGCUUCUGCAUUAAUGUUGGAGAAACAAAAUAAAAUUUCAGAGCUGAU